GGCCCGAGUUUUCCUCCUUUCUCUCUCUUAUAUUUCUUAAUUGUCGUAACUCUCGUUUCAUAUUUCGUGACUCGUGAGUGGUUCCCAUUAUAUACUCUCUCCUUUGAUUUUUCCAAUCAGCUCAAAUUAGCUUCAUCUUCUUUCUUCUCUUUUUCUCUCUCCUGCACGAUCUCUCUCUGUCUCCUAACAAUGGCCGAUCAACUCAGCGAUGACCAGAUCUCUGAAUUCAAGGAAGCCUUCAGCCUUUUCGAUAAGGAUGGCGAUGGCUGUAUCACCACCAAAGAACUUGGAACUGUGAUGCGUUCACUUGGACAAAACCCUACCGAGGCAGAGCUCCAGGACAUGAUAAAUGAAGUAGAUGCUGAUGGAAAUGGUACAAUUGACUUCCCCGAGUUCCUCAAUCUCAUGGCCAGGAAAAUGAAGGACACCGACUCAGAGGAAGAGCUUAAGGAAGCCUUCAGAGUUUUCGACAAGGAUCAAAAUGGUUUCAUUUCUGCUGCAGAGCUUCGCCACGUGAUGACAAAUCUUGGUGAAAAGCUAACUGAUGAAGAAGUUGAUGAAAUGAUCCGUGAGGCAGAUGUAGACGGUGAUGGCCAGAUCAACUACGAGGAAUUCGUUAAGGUUAUGAUGGCCAAGUGAGAACUAUCAACCAUCCAAAUCUUACUCAAACCCUUGAACUUAAUACAGGACAGGGCAGACAAGCUUUGAUAAGAUUUCAAAUUCAUUGCACUGUCAUUAUCUAUUUUGAUGGUGGUUUGUUUUCCUUGGAUGUGUAGGUAAAUCUUCUGUGCUAUCUCCUUGUUUACUCCUGUCUUUUACAACUUUAUUUUAAGUUUUUCAACAUUGUUAUUAUGAAUCUAGAACAAUUGGAUUCAAAUUUAUGGUAUUUGGGUGACUAAAUUUUGUUUAUAUUUGAAAACCAACAAUUUAUUUUUAGUUAAAAUCCUGAGUUACAUGGUUA